GAGUUAUCUUUGCUUAAAGGACAAAUUGUUGAAGUAUUGUCAGAAGAUGCAAAAAUAUCUGGAGAUGAAGGAUGGUGGACUGGAAAAAUUGGAGAUAAGGAUAUCUGACCGAAUAUGUCUGACGUGUCUGACCACUUCAGCUCUAGCGACGAGGAUUUGGAGAACUUUCUGGAAGUCAUCGAAGUCCCUAAAAACGUGGGGUACUUCGAGACAAUUGUACCCCAGUUUGACGACGAUCUGUACUUCCAGCAUUUCAGAAUGAGCCGUGGAUUAACGAACCAAUUGGCUGAAAGAUUUGCUGCAUCCCAAUAUUAUAAUGAACAAGUUGGGGAUUCAGAAAAGGUAACACCAUUAAAGUUUUUAAUGGUGUUUCUAUGGUAUAUUGGAAAUGAAGCAGAAUCAUUCAGGAAUGUUGGUGAUAGGUUUAAUUUGACGAAGAGCACAGUUUUUAAGGUGGUAAGAAGGGUGUCUUAUUUUCUGAGCAACUUAGCACCAGAAGUUAUUAAGUGGCCACGAAACGAGGAGAAAGUAGAGAUUGAACAACAUUUCUCUGAACAUGAUCUGCCAGGAGUGAUAGGUGUUAUUGAUGGCACACAUAUCAAAAUUGAUAAGCCAGCGGAAGAUCCAGAUUCAUAUUUAAAUAGGAAGCAUUUUUUUUCUAUUCAGGUCCAGGUAGUAUGUGACCAUAGAAGAAAAAUAAGGGAUAUUUUUCUAGGAUAUCCUGGAUCGGUCCAUGACAGUAGGGUCUUAAGAAAUUCUCAAUUAUUUCAUUCUCUGGAAGAGAAAUGUGGAGAUAAAUAUAUUAUUGGAGACAGUGGAUAUCCGUGUUUGAGGCAUCUCCUAACCCCCUUUAGGGACAAUGGACACCUUACUAGGCGGCAAAGGAACUAUAAUUACAUUGUGUCAAAAAAUAGAUAUGUAAUUGAGCAUUGUUUUGGCGUCAUGAAGCAGAAAUUUCGACAAUUGUAUCAUGUGAAAAUUAAAAACAUGGAGGACAUUUCUCAUUUAAUAAGAGCUUGUGCAAUUCUGCAUAACCUAUGCUUAGAUGAGCAGUUGCCUGAAGAGGAAGAUAACAUGCCAGAAAUUGUCAAUGUGGGAGAUGUCAAUGGAGCUGAGAGAGAUGAUGGAAAUGGUGUAAUGAAAAGAAAUGAUGUCAUGAACCGUUUACGAUUUGUAUUAUAAAUUUACUAUUUUGUUUGGGAAUAAAGCCACAAUUUAAGUUUAAAAGAAAAUUCAUUUAACGUUUCAAUUUCCACUUCGGAAAUCAUUAUCAAAAUACAAAACAAUAAAUUAAACAACUUUUGUUUUCAUUGUGGGAAUUUUAUUGUAAUCUUGUUACUUAUUGUUUUUGUAAUGACAAAUCACAUGAUAUGAUUUUUCUGAUGGAUAUUCUUAAGUUAAAGUCAAAGUUAAUUUCAGGUAAUCGAACUUUCUUUUGAACUAAUUGAACUGUCUUUCAAUAAAGUCAUCCCAGGAACACAACUUAUAAAUAUUGGCAAUAUCAUAUUAAAGUCAUUUACAUUAAAAUGUGGGUAUAUGUCUUAAUGUCCAAUAAUAUGAAUGAGUCGGAUAAAAUCAAAUUAUUAACAGAUUUCUUUUACCAAGCAACAAAAACAAAAUUUGUUUAAUUGAUUGAUGUUUUGUAUUUUGAUAAUGAUUUCCGAAGUGGAAGUCGAACCAUCAAAUAAAUUUCAUUUUAAACUUAAAUUGUGGCUUUAUUCCCAAAAGAAGUACAGUAGAGUGUCGAUAAUCCGAACUAAUUGGUACAGGGGGUAGUUCGGAUUAUCGAACAUAUGUUCAAAAUACAUACAAAGCUCAUAAACACAGUACAUAUGUACAUACGUUUUAGUUACAAGGAAUAAAACCUGCAUAAUAAACAAAUAUAGGUAUUGUAUGUAUUUCUGCAUAAACAAAACAAAAAUCCGCGGUCAUAUAUUAUUUUGCCCAUAUUGUCAUAUUAAAUCCAAAAAAUUCGGUCCGCGAUCAUAUUUUUUAAUUUUAUAUUUUUUUGCGUUCGGAUUAGCGAACGUUCGGAUUACCAGGGUUCGGAUUAUCGACGCUCUACUGUAGUACAUUAUACAGGGUGUAACAAAAAUACAGGUCAUAAAUUAAAUCACAUAAUAUUCUAGGACCAAAAAUAGUUCAAUUGGACCUAACUUACCUUAGUACAAAUGUGCACAUAAAAAAAGUUACAGUCCUUUGAAGUUACAAAAUAAAAAUAGAAAACUAUUAGAGAUUUUUUAUUGAAAAUGGACAUGUGGCAUUAUUAUGUCAAGAAAAUCUUAGAAAAAAAUUAUAGUGAAAUUUGUGCACCCCAUAAAAAAUUUAUGGGGGUUUUGUUCCUUUAAACCCGCCCAAACUUUUGUGUAUGUUCCAAUUUAAUUAUUAUUGUAGUACCAUUAGUUAAACACAAUGUCUCAAAAACUUUUUUGCCUCAGUACUUUUUCGAAAAGUCCGUUUUUAUCGAGUUAUUUUGAAUAUUUGUUAAAUCCACCACAUAUAUCCAACCCCCAUAAAAUUUUUAUGGGGUGCACAAAUUUCACUAUAAUUUUUCUUUAAGAUGUUCCUGCCAUAAGAAUGUCAUAUGUCCAUUUUCAAUACAAAAUCUUUAAUAGUUUUCGAUAUAUUCGAAAAAUUCGAUUUUCAUUUUGUAACUUCAAAGAGCUCUAACUUUUUUAUGUGCAUAUUUGUACUAAGGUAAGUUAGGUUCAUUCGACUUAUUUUUGGUCCCAGAAGAUAUGAUUUAAUUUAUGACCGGUAUUUUUGUUACACCCUGUAUAUACAAUGGAUAUUGUAAUAUAAUAUUAUCAUUGCCAUAAUCUCUCAGCUGCACAGCUGGUCUUAUGACAUGUAUCUCCAUCUAUAGGGCUUUUCAUUCGCAGUCAUUUGUUUCGAGCUUCUGUCAUAUGUAGUAUAUAUAAUCCGUGUAUAUUAAUAUACACAGAUUAUACAUGUGACAGAAGCUCGAAACAAAUGACAAUCGAUGAAAAGCCCUAUUCCAUUAUUUAUUUGUCUUUUCUGCAUUUGACAUGUUAUGAAUCCGGGGUAUUUUUUAAAACUUAAUACUUUUCUAAAACUAAUUUGGUCCAAGUAGAGGUAUGGUCUUCUCAUAUGCUAAUCAGUUACCUCAUGAGAUAGAUUUGUUUGGCUUAUGUAUAUAUGUUUAUGCUUAUGUUUAGGCUUAUGUAGCUUUAGGUACUACAGUAGAGCGUCGAUUAUCCGAACGUCGAUCAACCGAACGACCGGUUAUCCGAACUCCCGACUCGCGCGCCCUGCACUCGAAUACCGAGCAAGUGUUAGUAAUUAACGCUUAAAAUAUCUUCAAUUUUCUUCAAUAUUGUAUCCAAAAAUAUGUUGCUGCAAAGACUGCACUUUUUUGUUUAAUUGCUAUUUGUCAUUAUCAAGAUAUAAAUAUGUAGGUAUAUAAAUAUGGCUUUUAUUCACUUAUGGAUAAAUAUGUAUGACUAUAUCAAUAUAGUUCGGUUAUCCGAACAAAUCGGUUUUCCGAACAAAUCGGUUUUCCGAACAAAUCGGUUUUCCGAACACCCAUGUCCCCCAAUUAGUUCGGAUAAUCAACGCUCUACUGUAUUUGAAGCAUUGAAAUACAAAAAUGAUACUUUAUAUAAAUAAGUGAGUAAUGUAUACAUGUAUUUUUUGUUUUUGUAAAUUUAUGUAUUGUCUAUUUUUAAUCCUACAAUCUUGUAUAAGUUUGACAGUGGGUUUGUUAUUCGUAAAUCUGUAUUCCGAAGGUAAAGGGCACUAUGUCACAAAAAGGAGAAGCAUUUUUUGACUAUUUAUUUAAAGGAUAUAUAUAUAUAUAUAUAUAUA